AUGAAUAUUACAACUUUUAAAAUAUUUGAGAAUCUCAAAUUUCUUACUAAAACUUUUCAAUUAUUAAGUGAAAUAGAUAUUAACAAUUGGUGGGAAGCUCGACAAACAAAUAAUGUAUCUGAUACUGACACCAAUAUUUCUAAUUUAUAUCCAAUUUGUGUAAACAUGAAAACAACAACCAUUCUUCAAGAUACAGAAUUUACUUUUACUAUUGUUCAAGGUAACAAAAGCUCAUUGCAACAGCCUGGAUAUAUUUGCAAAGCAAAAGGCAAAAAAAGCACUGUUUUUGACAAUCCUUCAGCUGCAAUAACCACACUUUAUCAAGAACUUUUUGGCAGCAAGACUAAGUUUUCUGGAGCUCUUAUUAUGGGCCACAACAAAUUGGAAAUUAAUGAGCAGCUUUUGAAAAAUAUUCAUUUUUGUCCUUUUAAUUGUAAAUUAGAAAAAUUCCAAUUAUUUGUAUAUGGAAUUGGUAUAUCUUCUGAUAAACAAUUGCAUAAUUCAGGCCCAGUGUAA